AACAGUAUCUGACGAUGUGUCAGUAACAUCGUAGCAGUUGAGUACGUAAUAAUCGAUGUGGGGUUUUUCUACCACGAUCACAUUGUUUUUUUCUUUUUUCUAGAAAUCAAGGUUUCAAUUUUCAUAUGCAGUUGUGUGAAAAGCAUGCAACUUUACUCUUCCUUUUUCCACAGGCGUGGAUGCGAACAAAGAUUCUUUCAUUCAUGCGCUAUUUCCCCAACUCUCCCACAAUCCCACUUUUGAAUUUUGGAUCGCUUCCAACGGUCACUCGCUACCCUUUUCCCUUUCACAAACCCUACUUUCCCCCUUCUCUGUAAAUGGGUUGGAAUCUCAUCUUCUGGCUCCUCAUUUGUUUCCCUGCCAACAUUGCGCUUCUCGCUUCCACUUUCUACCAGGUUUUGAUUCUGUCGGAUUUGGAGUCUGAUUACGUCAACCCUUUCGACGCUUCGUCUCGGAUUAACUACUUCGUUCUUCCGGAGUUCAUUGGGCAGGGAGCAUUGUGUGCUCUGUGCCUCUUCACUGGCCAUUGGUUCAUGUUUUUGCUCACAGUUCCUGUUACUUGUUACCAUGCCAGACUGUAUGUGAAAAGAGAGCAUCUGAUUGAUGUUACUGAGGUAUUUAGGGUAGUUAAUGCUGAGAAGAAAUUUCGGAUAGUCAAACUUGCUUUAUACUUAACGGUUCUCAUUGUUACUAUCUUCAGGAUGCUUGCCGCAGGAACAAUAAUAUUCUACAAUUCCAAGUUCCAAGAAUUAGACAUACGGUCAAAUCUCUAGUGUUCUUGAAAAAAACUGUAAUCCUCCGGAAGUAUACAAUCUACACUUUUCUUUAGUAGAUUAUUAAUUAUCUAAUUAGGAAAUUCACCGUUUCAGCUGCCAUUAUCUAAUUAGGAAAUUGACUAAUCCUUCUCCAACUAUAUUUUCUCCUCUCUAAUUCGUUUGGUCUCCAAUAUUGAUGUAAAAUGAGCGUAAAUUUUUUCAAGUGACCUUUGAAGUUGUAAUUUUGUUGUCAUAUAUAACAAAAGUUUACACGUAAGAGGAUGUUUGGUAUCCUUGUCUAGAUGCAUCGUGUGACCUAUAAGUAUUUUGUCGUCCAAAUUUGAAAAUUAUAGAACAUAACAAAUGUAACUGCAAAUUAACCUUAAAAUGUUUUCCUCUCUUUUGGUGUUUUCUUAAAAUGCCCUUUCCUUUGGAAAUAAAAUGGAUGGUUUUGCUUCUAAAAGAUUCUAGGAUUAUUAUUGCAAGCUUUGUUAUUCAUGGCUAGAUAUACUCCCUUAAGGAACCUGAUGGUCAACAUUUGUACCUACUAUGUAUUUUAUUUCAGGCUAACAUUAAUCGCAGUCUACUAUUUAGGCAUUGAAGACGAUGAUGACCUAGGACACCUUUGGUAAGUUGUACCCUAAUUUUUGGUUGUUGGGGGGAACUUGUGACUUUAUCUGUACCAUUACAUUAGGUUUACUCUUAGAAUUCAGGUGUUCACAGAAAUAGAAAUGUUAGCCAUUAACUUCAGUGAAACAUUGCAAACUCAUGUAUCCACAUUGUUUGAUACAACUCUUUCACUUC